GCCACAAUGUUCUACUGGUACGACUAUUUUUUGGUAUUCUUUGUACUCGUUACAAGCGUGUUGAUUGGUAUUUAUUUUGGUUGUUUUGGUACUAAACAGUCAACCGUUAAAGAGUACCUUUCCGGAGGAAAACAAAUGAAAAUUUUUCCAAUAGCUCUAUCGGUAACAGUCAGUCACUUUUCUGGUAUUACUCUAAUUGCAGUCCCAGCAGAUGUUUACAAGUAUGGCGCAUUCUAUGUGUUCACAUGCUUAUCUGCUGUUCUUUUGGUUAUUGCUGCAAUGUAUGUUUAUUAUCCUGUAUUGUUUAAAGGCGACUACAGUAGUAUUUAUGAAUACUUGGAAGUAAGGUUUAAUCGUAAAAUCAGAUUGCUUAGUUCUUUUUUGUACAUUUUGUACGAAAAUCUUUUACUUCCUGUAGUCGUUUAUACUCCAGCACUAGCACUGUCAGUUGUUACAGGAAUUAAUGUACAUUUAAUAGUCUUGUUAUUAUGUGGUACAUGCGUGUUUUAUACAGCUGUUGGAGGUUUACGAACAGUGAUUUGGACAGACAUUUUUCAAUUUGUUGUAGUUAUGGUCGCUUUUUUAACAGUUUGUGGCGAAGGAAUUAACUCAGCAGGAGGUAUAUCAUCAGUUUGGAAUAAAUCAGUAUCCGGAAAACGAUUUGAUAUUUUUGAUUUCGACCCAAACCCAACAAAAAAAGACUCAUUCUGGAUAUGUACAGUGGGUCUCGCGGUUAGAUUUUUGUUUUACAUUUGUUUAUCUCAAUCGAGCGUCCAAAAAUAUAUGAGUCUUUCAACACUCCGCCGUUGUAGAUGGUCCCUUUCACUGUCCGGCCUCUGUUGGUGUGUAGUUAACAUAUGUGCCGUUUCUGUUGGUUUAAUAAUAUAUGCUAAUUACCACAACUGCGACCCUGUAAUGGAUAAAAAGAUUACAAAGAAUGACCAAAUUGUAGCUUACUAUGUACAGCAAGUUGCCAAAAAGAUUCCAGGUAUCUCUGGGUUAUUUAUGGCUGCACUAUUAAGUUCUGCAAUAAGCACUUUAUCAUCGAGUUUAAAUUCGUUAUCUGGUGUUAUUUAUCACGACUUCGUCAGAAAAUUUUCAAAGAAAUCAUUUACUGAGAAGACCAGCGUGACAAUUAUGAAAGUUAUUGUAGUUAUUGAGGGAAUUUGGUGCACUUCUAUGAUUUUCGUUAUUCAAUAUUUGGGUGAAAUUCUGCCGUUAGCCAUUGCUAUUACAGGAUUAAUAGAUGGACCAUCGUUGGGAUUAUAUACCUUGGGAAUAUGCUUUCCACAAGUAGACUCCACGAGCGCGUUCUACGGGACAAUUGGAGGUGUGAUUUUUGUAUCAGCUAUCUAUUUUCCUUCUAUAUAUUAUAAACAAAAACAAGUGUUCGUAUUUCCCGCCAAGGAACUCAGGGUCAGUGGCUGCAAUGUUACCAAUCACACAUUUUACAUGGCUUCAAAAUACUCGAACUCUUUUCAUGAAAAUUUUACCAGCAACAGUUACAAUGUCGAAGGGCUGGAUGUUAUUAAGUCAACAACCAAAUUGGAUGACUUCAGUGCCAAUCAAACAUUUUUCUUUUUUCGAAUUUCUUACGCCUACUACUGUUUGCUGGGAGCACUUGUAACUAUAAUUUUGGGAUUAAUUGUAACAUACAUUAGAAAGUGUAAAACAAAAUCACGCGCUGAUCACGCACGGCCAGCAAACCUACCAUUGCUGGUAAAAUAAUUACCACACACAAAAUUUUUCCUCAUAUGUUGAUCUAUAAACAAAGGAUAAAUG